AUGGCGUGGCCAGGGUCAACAUGUACGCUUCGAACUCUUUCAACUCGAGUUGCGCACUGUCGCGGAUGGACUUCACAAUUUGCUCGCUCUCUGCAAUGCCUUCUUCGUACCCCAUGGCCCUCGCGUCGUCGAUUUGAGUCGUCAUUUGCGUCAGCUUUGUCUCGUAGUCGUCGGCUAGCAGUUGGUGGUUGGACGCAUCAGCACUUUCCAAACUGGAAAUCACUUCUUGAAGCGACGCGACUUGAUCUUUCCAUAUCUGGACGUCCAUUUCCUUGGCUUGUUGUUCGGCGCGAUCUCGCUCCGCUUGGGCGGACGCCUCGGCUGCUUCCUUCAGGUGAAGUUCCCGCGCCUCGCGCUCCUUCUCGAGCUGCACGCGACGUUCCUCGUCGCGCUUCGCCUGCUCUUCCUCUUGUUGCAGUUGCAAAAAUUGGCGAAAGUAAUACCUAA